AUUAUCGGGGCUUCAGAGGAGUUCUGGGGACAGCUGUGGGAGGAAGUGGGCGUGGCGAUCUUCUGGACUUCCUUGUUUGGAGUAAACUUUGGCAGCAUCUGACGGCUAAGAUGUUUGCUUUUCCAUCUGUUGAUGUGCUUUUGGGGAGCUCUCUGGCCAGAGAAAACAUAUUUGAAGAAGCACRACGCCAAAUCUCAGCCAUUCCCUUGGGUCCUCAAACCCCACCAGCCUCCAGAGAGGGGAAGGCGAAGCUGAAAUAGAAAACAGACGUGCCUAUAGCGCUCUGGCUUCCGCGGCUCCCAGGGAGUAGAGCGGGAAAGGCGGGACUCCGGCACCCACCCACCCGCCGGGUCCACAGGCACCCGCGCGCUGCGUCUCGCCUUAGUAACUCUCCUCUCCUGGUAUCUGGAACUGGCCGUUAGCGAUGGGGCGGUUUCGAUGGCUCGCUGACUCYGCCGUGUGCCUGGUGCACUAGUUGACGUUGGGUCCCGGUGCCUGCAGCCGGCGCGCUCUACUAGCAACUAGCGCGGGUCUGCGCGUGACAGCGCGCGGCGCGCCGGGAGAGGGGACGCCGGCGAGAGCCCGGCGCGGGGCCGUGCGCUUAGCGGUGGGGAUCCCUGGAGGCAGCUGGCCAGCUGCUUGGACCCUGCCCGUCCGGCUGAGCCAUGACGGACGCCAGCAACAGGAAGGAGGGCUUCAAAAAAUGCCGGAGCGCCACUUUCAGCAUCGAUGGCUACAGCUUCACUAUCGUUGCAAAUGAAGCUGGAGAUAAGAACGCUAGACCACUUGCCCGCUUCUCCCGGUCGAAGUCGCAGAACUGUCUGUGGAACUCCCUCAUCGAUGGGCUCACCGGGAAUCUCAAGGAGAAGCCACGGCCAACAAUCGUUCAUGACCCACGGCCCCCGGAAGAAAUCCUAGCAGAUGAAUUGCCACAGCUGGAUAGCCCCGAAGCCUUGGUGAAGACAUCAUUCAGGUUACGGUCUUUGGUCAAGCAGCUAGAGAGAGGGGAGGCUUCCGUCGUUGACCUUAAGAAGAAUCUGGAAUAUGCAGCCUCAGUGCUUGAAUCUGUAUACAUUGAUGAAACCAGGAGACUCCUGGAUACAGAGGAUGAGCUCAGUGACAUUCAGUCAGAUGCUGUGCCUUCUGAAGUCCGAGACUGGCUGGCCUCCACCUUUACACGGCAGAUGGGGAUGAUGCUCAGGAGGAGUGAGGAGAAGCCCAGGUUCAAGAGCAUYGUUCACGCAGUGCAAGCUGGAAUAUUUGUGGAGAGAAUGUAUAGACGGACAUCAAACAUGGUUGGACUAAGCUACCCACCAGCUGUUAUUGAAGCAUUAAAGGAUGUGGACAAAUGGUCCUUUGAUGUGUUUUCCCUCAAUGAGGCCAGUGGGGAUCAUGCACUGAAAUUCAUUUUCUAUGAAUUACUUACCCGCUAUGAUCUGAUCAGCCGCUUUAAGAUUCCCAUUUCUGCACUUGUCUCAUUUGUGGAGGCCCUGGAAGUGGGAUACAGCAAGCAUAAAAAUCCUUACCAUAAUUUAAUGCAUGCUGCUGAUGUCACCCAGACUGUACAUUACCUCCUCUAUAAAACGGGAGUGGCAAACUGGCUGACGGAGCUGGAGAUCUUUGCUAUAAUCUUCUCAGCUGCCAUCCACGACUAUGAACACACCGGAACUACCAACAAUUUCCAUAUCCAGACUCGGUCUGAUCCAGCGAUUCUAUACAACGACAGAUCUGUAUUGGAAAAUCACCAUUUGAGUGCAGCCUAUCGCCUUCUGCAAGAGGAUGAGGAGAUGAAUAUCUUGAUCAACCUCUCAAAGGAUGACUGGAGGGAGUUUCGAACCUUGGUCAUUGAGAUGGUGAUGGCCACGGAUAUGUCUUGCCAUUUCCAGCAAAUCAAAGCAAUGAAAACAGCUCUGCAGCAGCCAGAAGCAAUCGAGAAGCCCAAAGCCUUAUCCCUGAUGCUGCACACAGCAGACAUUAGCCAUCCUGCAAAAGCGUGGGACCUGCACCACCGCUGGACCAUGUCACUGCUGGAGGAGUUCUUCAGACAGGGUGACAGAGAAGCAGAGCUGGGGCUGCCUUUUUCUCCUCUGUGUGACAGGAAGUCAACCAUGGUUGCUCAGUCACAAGUAGGUUUUAUUGAUUUCAUUGUGGAACCGACCUUCACUGUGCUCACGGACAUGACCGAAAAGAUUGUGAGUCCAUUAAUCGAUGAAACCUCCCAAACUGGUGGGACAGGACAGAGGCGCUCAAGUUUGAACAGCAUCAGCUCAUCAGAUGCAAAGCAGCGAUCAGGUGUCAAGAGCUCUGGGUCAGAAGGAAGUGCCCCCAUCAACAAUUCCGUUAUCCCUGUUGACUACAAGAGCUUUAAAGCCACUUGGACGGAGGUGGUGCACAUCAAUCGGGAGAGAUGGAGAGCCAAGGUGCCAAAAGAGGAGAAGGCCAAGAAGGAGGCCGAGGAGAAGGCCCGCCUGGCUGCAGAGGAGAAGCAAAAGGAAAUGGAAGCCAAAAGCCAGGCCCAAGAAGGCUCGUCCAGCAAGACUGAGAAAAAGGCAUCUGGAGACCCCAAGAGUCACGUCAACGGAACUCGAACAAACAAAAGCGACGAGCCUCGUGGGAAAAAUCCCAAAGCGGAGAAGUCAGGAGAAAAGCAGCAGAAUGGUGACUUGAAAGAUGGUAAAAAUAAGACAGACAAGAAGGAUCACUCCAACAUCGGAAAUGAUUCAAAGAAAACAGAUGGCACAAAGAAGCGUUCUCAUGGCUCACCAGCCCCCAGCACUAGCUCCACAAGUCGACUUACCUUGCCAGUCAUCAAGCCUCCUUUGCGCCAUUUUAAACGCCCUGCUUAUGCGUCCAGUUCCUACGUACCCUCAGUUCCAAAGAAAACUGAUGAGCAUCCUGCAAGAUACAAGAUGCUGGAUCAGAGGAUCAAAAUGAAAAAGAUUCAGAACAUCUCACAUAAUUGGAACAGAAAGUAGGUCAAGAGGAAGAGGAGAGGGAGUGAAGAAGGGCCACGUGUCUGCUUCUCUGCCCUCACCGGCCACAGCAGGACAGGCUUCCCAGACCCGUGGGAGUCGUUGGGGCUGGCUCUGUGAAGGAUGACUCCAACAAGGCAAAAUGAAGCUGUUCGCACUUUCAUUCUCCAGUAGACUCCUCAAUCAUUAGAUGUGGGAUCAAUCCAGAUGUAGCAACAAACUAGUAAGCAGGUUGUUAUGUGUGGUUUUUAUUGUUUGGGUCUUUCAGAGUCUAAGUUGGACCAA